AUGGACGCGCAAGAACAAAAUCACGCUCUAGGCCUCAUUUCUGCAGUCCUAGCUACUGCGCUUUACGGCUCUUGUUAUGUGCCAGUAAGAUGGUUUGAAGCAGGCGAUGGCUUGUACUUUCAAUGGCUGAUGUGCAUUGGGCAACUUCUUAGUGGAGUCGUUGUACUGACGUUUGUUGGCUGGCCACCAGUCUUCCCACUAGCAAUGCUUGCAGGAUUCUUCUUCGCUUUGGGUAACGCACUAACAAUAACCAUUAUGGAUGGUAUUGGUAUGGCCGUUGGGUCUCUCUUGUGGAACACAGUAACUUGCAUAGUGGGAUGGGGUGUGUCCCGAUUUGGGUUGUUCGGGAGUCCCAAGAAAGUUCCUCUCGACAAUAUCAUGAACCUUAUCGGAAUCGUUGUUGUUUGCAUCGGAGGUUGCUUUUUUGCUACGCUCAAACACCAUCCGAUGAAAGUAAGACCUGCUCCUUGGCAGAUAAAGCCGCAGCUACCAUGUAACGGGAAAGAUCUGAAAGGCGAACAGGAGGUGUCAAGCACGAGGAGAAUAAUAGCCAUCGUAUGCACAAUCAUCGUCGGAUGCUUGUACGGCAACAUGCUUACUCCUAUUAGUUACUUGAUCAUGGAAUAUGCAGACGAUGGGCUAUUGACACACUACGCUACCUACUUUUUCUCGUUCUGUGUUGGUGCAGUGUUGACAUCUACCGUGAUCUUCAUGUUCUACUCUGGAUUUAAGAAAAAUCGUCCAUUUAUAAAUCCAGAAAUAACAUUACCAUCGUUGCUUGCUGGUAUAAUGUAUGGAGCUGCUACUUUCUUCUUUUUCUUAGCAAGUGAACACCUUGACCCGAUUGUCGCUUACCCAAUUUUGGCUAAGGCACCUGGAAUCGUUUGCGCUAUAUGGGCUAUAGCACUUUUUAAAGAGAUAAAAGGCCGCUGGGAUAUUAUACACUUGAUCGCUGGGAUUGUUGUCACUGUGGUUGGCAUCACUCUAAUAACUUUAUCAAAAGUUGCGAGAUUAUUUUGA